AUGCACAUCGAUCCGCGUCUUGGGUCUCUGCGAGUUCCUCACAAGGCCCAACAGUCAAGCUUCGACCCUUUCUUCGACUCGAGAACAAGUACUGACGCUUGCUUUUGGACAGGACAAACGUCCGUCAGACGGCUGCCCAAGAUGGGUAAGUUGAACUACUCAGCUAGGAAAAUCACAGGCCUUAAGGCCGGACAAGCCGUAUCCAAGGAUUUGAAAAAGAGAGUCACUCCCGGCAUUGGCGCGAAAGCUGCAGCAAGAGAUCCGAAUGUGGAAAUCGACGUUUCGGGCAAGGAACUGACCGAUGAAGGCUUUGCCGAAUUCAUUGAUGACCUGAUCACUUGCAUGAAGUACCGCGAUGAGGAACACCCUGAGGGCUCUGCCAAGGUGAUCGAGUUGCAUUUGCAGGGCAACCAGCUCACGAUCGUAUCGCUCCGGAAGCUAUCUGAAGUUAUCAAGCUUAGUAUCGCUGAUCUUCGAGAACUGGACAUCUCCCAUAACAACUUUGUGGUUUGCACCCCCGAAGAGCAGGAGAUAUGGCACCACUUUCUUGACUCGUUCAAGGACUGUUUCUUGCUCAAGAAAGUCGAUUUCGGAAACAAUCCACUUGGACCGAAGGGAAUCGAGAUCCUGGCGCGUGUUUACAUGCAAAGCGACCUGGACUUUCUGGAAGCCGAUGCUGAUGCGGUCGUUGGGAUAAACGGCGAGGGAGACCACGAAGGCGACACAAUCGCAGACGGACUGGAAAAUCUCAAGAUCAAUGGCAAGGACAACGAAGCUACCAAGAAGGUGUCCUCGAAGCAAUCGCCCAAGAAGAGCAAGGUUGCACAGCAGAAUGGUUCUUCUCACCCUACUUGCGCCACGAAGAAGCUGACCUAUGCAGAGCUCGAGCGAUAUGCCUGCACUCGAGGCCUGCGCUCGGUCCCGUUCCUUAUCAUUUCCAACACCAACUUGACCAGCAGUUGCGCUGUGCACCUGUCAAGCAUGUUGAGCAUGCAUCGCAAUCCUGAGCAGCUCUUGGCUUUUCUACCUAGUGGCAAAGGUCCCAUCCUGCCAGAAGAAGCAGAACAAUGCAAGGGCAUCAUAUGGCUCCCGAAUGACGGCCUUGGUCCGAAUGAAUGCAAGCUCCUUGACAAAGCCGAGUUGGUGCGCGAGUACAAGUCUAACGAUGACACUGCAAACGACGAGCUUAGUGGGGACGAUGGCCAGAAUGCGGCACAGCGCAAGCUGCAAAAAAAGCUGGACAUCGAGCACGCCAGACUCGCCAAGAGAGUGUGUAUUGAGGCUUUAAAGAAAGAGGGAGUACACAGCAACGAUAUCUGGAGAGUCGCGUUGAAGAUGAUGAUUGUCUCCCGCGCUUUGCUUUUGAAUGACAAAGAUCGCGCCGUCGAAGCUCCCUCUGAGGCGGAGUCUUCAGGCGUUGGGGAGACUGAUGAGACGGUCGAAGAAGAAGAAAAGGAAGCAGAAGAAACCGUCGAGCAGAGUCCAGAAUACGUCUUCGACGAAUAUGAGCUCCUCGAAACUAUUACAGCCGGGCCCUUCCAUCCCGGUGCUAAGUACUUUGAGAUCAACUUUCCCUCUUUGCAACAAGUUCAACAGGCUCAACAAACCAACGGCCAUGACAAAGACGUCCAGUCUCGAGAGACAAAGGAAUCUACGCCGCCGAGCCAGCCCACUCGCUCAGGAAAGGGUAAAAGCCAUCCUAGUUCGGUCGCUCGCACCUCUCGUAAGCGAGAAUGGCGUUUCGGACUGCCCUUUGCUUUCUGGCGUCAGAUUAUCGCGGAUGCAGUCGGCGCUGACGGUAUUCUCAGUUACCAGCAGCAAGUCCGCAUCAUGGCUUACGCUGCCGAUUGGAAUGCUGUAAGCUAUGAGCUGACCAUCAAAGGAGCAGAAGAUCAUCAGCAGAUUUGGAAGUUCCUUGAGACUGUCAAAUGCAUCACCUACAGCUCUUUGACUUGA